AUGGUUUUGUUUUCAUUUCCAUUUCGUCCUGUCCCCCCUCCUUAUUACGCCUCAUUCUCAUCCUUGUUAAUUCUUUUUUCCACCUUAUAUCACAACUUUUACUCUCACCCCUUCUUCUUCCUCUUUAUUCUCCUUACACUCCUUCUUUUUCUCAACAGAUCUCUUCCUUCUACAUUAUUCGCUUCCGCCGCCUUCUUACCUUUUCAUACCCCUUUUUAUUCUUUUUAUGCUCUAUCCGAUCGUCUUUUUUCUCGUCUUUAUUCUCUUUAUACUCUACUAUAUCGUCUUCUUUCUCGUCUUUCCUUCACUUCUUCCUCCAUUUUCUGCUCCCACCUCCUCCUUAUCUUAAGUUGUUCUCUUCCUCCUUAUCGACUUUACUCUCACCUUUUCUUUCCCCCUCCUCUUUAUUCUUCUGAUACUAUCGUCUUCUUUCUCGUUUCUCUACUUCCCUUCUGCUUUCGCCUCUUUCUUCUUUAUCACCCUCCCUCUUACUUCUUCAUCCAUUCAUCGCUUCCACUCCCACUUAUCUUAUCUUGUUCUUUUCCGCUUUAUCCUCUUUCCCUUCCUCUUUCCUUUCCCUCCUCCUCUUUACGCUCCUCUCCACUUUUGAAUGAGUUGGACAUUCUUUCAUGGUAA